AUGCAAACGCAAAGAGUUGACCCGUCAGACGCGGGCGACCUCAGCUGGAAUCGUUUCGCAUCUGCGCAACACAGCCCACGACAUCGUUCAGUCUUCCCGCGCGACAUCGCAAAUACUCCAGCGUUCGUCCUACCUUCACCCCUACUUCCUGAAUCCGGCGUCGCCUCCCCUUCUCUUCCUUUCGUUGCUCCUCAAGCUCCGGCCACAAUCAAGCGACCACUGGCUACGCGCCGGGGAAAGAAGACGGCGACAAGACGACGCAUAGCCAACCCUCAGCUGUUCUGGCUUGCGGCGUACUUCGCCUUCAACCUAGGGCUAACGUUGUACAACAAGGGUGUACUUGUACGCUUCCCAUUUCCCUACACGCUCACUGCCAUCCAUGCGCUUUUUGGGGCUAUUGGCGGGGCUAUCUUCAAGCGACGAAGGUUGUACACCCCCGCUCGCCUGGAUGUGAAGGCCCACGCGGUGCUUGUAGCAUUCAGUGUUCUCUUCUCGGUCAAUAUCGCUGUGAGCAACAUUUCCCUGCACAUGGUGACUAUUCCGUUCCAUCAAGUCGUGCGCGCCGCCACACCAGUCUUCACCAUCUUGCUAUCCACAUGCAUACGAGGCACCCCAUUUAAUGGCUCCAAAUUGAUCACUCUAAUCCCGGUCAUGUUGGGUGUGGCUCUCGCUACCUACGGCGACUACUCCGCCACCACCACCGGCUUCCUCCUCACUCUUCUCGGCACGCUCCUCGCCGCCCUCAAAGCGAUCUUCACCAACAUCCUCCAAACCUCCUUCUCCCGGGCUUCCCUCCCAAAACUACACCCGCUCGACCUCCUCUCGCGCAUGUCUCCGCUCGCCCUCGUCCAGUGCCUCGCCUGCGCCUACCUCUCCGGCGAGCUCGCGCGCAUCCGCGCCCUCGCGAUCACCCACGGCGCUGCAUGGUUCACCCACGCCCUACUCGUCCUCGCGGGCAACGGCGCGCUAGCGCUGGGGCUCAACGUCGUCAGCUUCACCGCGAACGGGCGCGUGGGCGCACUGAGCAUGGCCGUCGCGGCGAACGUCAAGCAGGUGCUCACCGUGCUCCUCGCGACGGCCGUGUUCGACGUGCGGGUCUCGGGCGUGAACGCGCUCGGGAUCUCACUCGCGCUCGCGGGCGGCGCGUGGUACGCAUGGGUGGAGUACUCGGAGAAGGAGCAGGACCGCACCAAGAAGGCGGAGGCGGCGGAGAUGCAUGCGAGAAUGCGCUGGGUCCAAUGA